AUGAAACAAUUUGAUAUGCGAAUUUUUCUCGUAUGGUUUUUUCAACUUCAAUUAAUGGACAAUAUGAAUUUUGUCGUACCUAAAUUGAAAAUUGUUGACAUGGAAAAAAAAAAGUAUUUAGUAGCACUUGAUGGCUCAGAAAAUUCUGACUAUGCUCUUUUAUGGGCUCUCGAAAAUCUAGUGGAUCUAAAUAAUGGCUUAUUAUUAUUAUUAAGCGUUGGCGUCCUAUCCUGGGGAACAUCAUUUGAAUAUUCAGCGGUUACACGAAACAUCCUUAACGGUGAGAAAAAAAAAAUACAAAAACAACAGGCAGAACAAAAAGCAGAAGAUAUUGUAAAUAAUGGCAAAAAAUUGAUUACUGAUUUUCUUGCAAUUAAAAAGGCAGAGCUUCCUUUGGAAUUGUACUUUAAUUCCAGUACUGAUCCGGCAAAUUAUAUCCUUGAUUUCAUAAGAGAACAACGUAUUGACGUUCUUGUUCUGGGAAGUAGAGGAAAGAUUUCUCAACAUUGUCUUCAAUUUGCUUCGUGUACGGUUGUAAUCGCUCGAAAAAAAAAAGAAUCACACAUAAAAUAG